AUGAAUAACUCGUUAUCGUCAACGACAACACACGAUUUGUUACUCUGUCCAAUUACAUGUGAUUAUUUUCGUGAACCAGUUGUGGCUGACGAUGGACAAACGUAUGAACGUGAAUCAAUCAUUCAAUGGAUCAAACAAAAUGGAACAAGUCCAAUUACUCGACAACAAAUACGUAUUGAUACACUUCGUCCAAAUCAUUUAGUUAAAAAAUUGAUUGAACAACAAUUACACCAGCCAGAGCAAGAGGUAGUUGACACUACAAACGAUGAAUGUUGGUUUGAAGGACAAAUGUUGAACUCAAAGCGUCAUGGUCAUGGACAUUGUACAUGGACAAAUAAUGAAAUAUAUGAAGGUGAAUGGAGAUCGAAUCAACGUCACGGUGAAGGACAAUUCAUUUGGCCAUCGGGUCAACGUUACAAAGGUGAAUGGAAGUUUGAUCAUAUGAACGGCAAUGGUCUCAUGAUUUAUACGAACGGUGAUCGAUAUGAGGGAGAAUUUAAACUAAGUAAAAAACAUGGACAAGGAACAUAUCAAUAUUUAGAUGGUACAAAAUAUAUUGGACAAUAUGAAGAAGAUUUAAAAUGUGGACAAGGCUAUAGGACAUAUACGGAUGGAGCUGAAUAUAAAGGUGAAUUUCGACACGAUAUGAUGAACGGAUAUGGAACAUAUACACAUGCUGACGGUACAAAAGAUUCAGGAAAAUAUCAAAAUGAUCAAUUAAUUAGAAGGAAUUGGUGUAAUAUAUCCUAG